AUGGCUGAAGCAAAACAUCAACCUGAGACGAUGUCAAGGCGUAAAAUUGCUCUUGUAAUUGGUGUUGGUGAUUAUAAAUACACCAAAAAGCUAAAAAAUGCAACAAAUGAUGCAAAUGCCAUGGCAUCUGUGCUUCAAAGUAUUGGUUUCAUUGUUAUAAAGAAAAUAAAUCCAACACAUGACGAAAUGGAGACGGUCCUUUUUAAGUUUAAACAAUCAAUACAUGAAGGAGACAUGAUCUUAUUUUAUUUUUCUGGACAUGGAGUACAAUGGGAAGUAAGUACUAAAGGUUUAUGA